AUGAAGGAAAUUACAAAAAGAACACUUAUAUUGGAAGAAUCUGUCGGGAAUUUCAAAAAAGGAAAUCAGUAUUUGUCUGAGAGAGUUCUUUUUACUUUAAGUGCUUUCUUUCCAAUGAACAGAUUUUUAAUUUUGGUAUUUAAUGGGGGAGGGGAUAUAGCUUAUCGUGCUGACCAUUCUGAAUCUGUGGAAUAUUCAAAUAAAAAUGUUGUUAUUUAUAUAACUAUAGCUGGUAAUAGUUUUUUGGGAAGUAGAGAUUGUUAUGGAAAUAUUACAAAUGAAUUUAGAAGUUGUUAUCCACAAACGGGUAAUUUACUUAUUCGAAUAGGAGAUGUAUGUGGACAAGAAGGUGGAUAUAAUUCAGAAUCUGUAGGUCUUCGCGCAGUUGUUAAAAAUAUUGAAUUCGGGGUUGCAAGUUCCCUCCCUUCUUAUGCUUUAAAAGACGAAUUAUUUAAUUGUGAUAAUUCAACGGCUAAACGUUGGCGUGUUGCAAAUGGAAUGUUCAUAACUUGUAAAAAUAACUCUUUAUUAUUUGCUUCUGAACAAAAUUCUGAAGAAAUUUGGGAAGAGUUUUUAGUCCAAUCAAAUAAUGACGGCACAAUUUCAUUUAAAUCAAGAGUAAAUCAAAAAUUUGUUUCUGUUGACUUAAAAAAUGGAGGAAUUUUAAUUUUGGGAAGUGAUAUAGUUAAAAAUGAACAAAAAUUUAUUUUUGAAAAGAAAGGAAAUGAAGAAGAAUAUACAAUUAAAUCUAAAAUUAAUGAAAAGUUUGUAAGUGUAAAACUAGACAAGAAUGGAAUUCUAAUGGCAUACAUGGAGAAUGUUACUGGAUUAAAUGAAAUUUUUGAAUUUAAUACUUUUAUAUCUGAGAUAGAAAAGAAUGAAUUAUUAAGGUACUUAAAUUUAAAUACGGAGAGAACUAUUUAUUAG